CUGAUGUGUAUUGUGUAGUGAUGAGGAAUCGCCAGAAACUUGAAACUAAGUUGUAGUUAAUAAUGGGCCGACAAGAAGACGUUUGAAUAUGUUUUCUUAUUGAAAUGGCCCUCUUUUGCACGCAGGUACCAGUCAUCAAUAUUCUAGUCAAAUAAAUUUAGGAAAAUUCACACGAUUACUAUAACAAUAUCACAGAAGUACAUGUCGUCUCCUCUACCAUCACAAAUGCUUAUUACCUGUCGUCUAAAAUAAUUGAAUCCACUACAAGAACUACUCCAUUCUUCACGCGUUGACCUCUUUGGAAGUAAUUUAAGCAGCAAAAUGGUGACUAUAAUCAAAACAGUUGGUAGUGAAUGCAUGGAUAUGAUGGAAGAUGGUGGUGGUCUUUCCGGGUGCUCUGAUGACGAAGAUGAUGGAUGCCCUUCUAGUCCUGGUUCGACUUAUGACGAUGGAGCGGACCUCAUGACGGUGGCAAUGGGUGAUGAAGUCACAGCACAGCUAGCCGCUGCAGGUUGGCACAAUAGAUGCAAUGGCCCCGUCGGUAUGGCGGCCGCAGCAGCUAUAGCUUCAGCUAAAAAGAGAAAAAGGCCGCAUUCAUUUGAAACAAAUCCGUCUAUACGAAAAAGGCAGCAGAACAGAUUACUUCGAAAACUUAGGCAAACGAUAGACGAAUUUGCAACUAGAGUUGGCCAACAAGCUGUAGUUCUGGUCGCUACUCCGGGUAAAACGAACAUUUCGUACAAAGUAUUUGGUGCUAAACCUUUAGAAGAUGUAGUUAAGAAUUUGCGUACUGUUAUAAUGGACGAGCUGGAAUCUGCGCUGGCGCAGCAAGCUCCUCCUCCAAUUCAGGACGACCCAUCAUUGUUUGAGCUGCCGCCGUUGAUUAUUGAUGGUAUUCCAACACCUGUUGAGAAAAUGACUCAGGCACAAUUGCGUGCGUUUAUACCUCUUAUGUUGAAAUAUUCUACAGGAAGAGGUAAACCUGGUUGGGGUAGAGAGUCAACACGACCGCCCUGGUGGCCAAAAGAACUACCAUGGGCAAAUGUUAGAAUGGAUGCAAGAACAGAAGAUGAAAAACAAAAGUGCCGUGAAUUACAGAUUUCUUGGACGCAUGCACUCAGACAAAUUGUCAUCAAUUGUUAUAAGUUUCAUGGUCGAGAAGAUCUACUUCCCGCUUUUUGUGAGGAGGAUGAAAAAGCAAAUGCUACUGCUACCGCAAACAGUUCAGUUAGUUCAAAUAUAUCACAAUACGCACCUGCUGUUUUGCAAACCAUAACAAAUCCUGAUGGAACAGUUUCAAUAAUUCAGAUGGACCCUAAUCAAACACCAAUUAUUACUUUACCCGAUGGAACGACAGCUCAAGUACAAGGACUAGCAACAUUACAUACUGGCCAAGGAGAAGGCACGACAGUACAUACUGUGCAGACUCUAACCGAUGCGCAAGGUGAAGGAAUGACUGUGGAUUUAAAUGCAGUUACUGAAGCUAGUAUAAAUCAAGAUGGUCAGAUUAUUUUAACAAGUGAAGAUGGACAUGAAUACCCGAUUUCCGUAAGCGGCGUGAUAACAGUUCCUGUUUCUGCAGGGAUGUAUCAGACAAUGGUUGCUAACAUUCAGCAGCUGCAGACCAAUAGUGAUGGCACGGUGUGCAUGACGCCAAUGGUUCAGGUACCAAAGGGUUGUCGAGUCAUUCAAUUGGCCCGAUCAAGUGGGGCAAUAGUUGGCAACAAUUCUUCUAUUACUAGCAUCGCCCCUGAUGCUAAUAGAAGCGCUAAUGCGGUUAUAGGCCCCCCUGAAAGUGGUGUUGCAGUCCCUUUACGGCUGCAAACUCCUAAUUUCAGUACCAAUAUAAAUCCUGUUAAAAUUGAAUAUGAAUCCGAACAGGCUAUAUUGAGUUGAUAAACCACUUGCCAUUAAAUGCAUGAUUCCGGGUAUCGAAAUAAUAUUUCAUAUACAUAAAGAAACUUUAUUUUUUGAAUCUAACUGGAAAAAAGUAUAUUCUAUUUUUAUAGAACAAUUAUGAU